AUGAAGCUUGUUUGGCUCCUGAUAUUGUUUGCAGCCCUCUUUCUACACCCAGCUGUGACUGAACGCAAUACUUCUCAAACUGUUGUGUGUAACGAAACAGCAAAAAAUUACUCUUUAGUUCCUCUCAAUCUAAACAUAAAUGUUUCUGUGCUAUGCCUCAGUUAUAACAACAUUGCUUUAAAUAAGAAUGAUACACAGAUUCUUCGCAACUACAUUAAUAUCAGAGAGCUAUAUCUGAACAACAAUAGCAUUGCUGUUCUACGUAAUUACAGCUUUCAGCGUCUUUCAAAACUAGCAAUUCUAGAUGUCAGUAAUAAUUCUAUCACAGCAGUUGAACAAGCAGCAUUUGCUGGUUUAAGUAAGCUCAUGACUUUGCAUCUACAGAAUAACAGAAUCACACAAUUAGAUUCUAAUGCAUUCAUAUUGCUAAAGAGCUUGAAGGUCUUGACACUACAAAAUAACCACUUAGGAAAUUUUGAUAUUAAAGUAUCACUUAAUUUAAGCAGAAUUAUAUUAAGUGGAAAUCCAUGGAAUUGUUCGUGUGGCCUCUAUAGUUUACAGAGUUGGCUGGACAAUACUAAUGUAACAAUGGAAAAUGAAAACAAUACUGUGUGUACAUCUCCAAAUAAUCUGAAAAACAAUCCUAUCAAGACAACAAUUCUGCCAAAUUGUCAGAAUGGAGGGCUGACUGGAAUGACCACCAUAUCUUCCAUUUUUACAAGUCCUAACAAUGAUACUCUAAUAUCUGCAAAGAAUAAUACAAAUGGAAGAUCAUUAAAUUCAGGUGUUCACCACUUUGGCAAAAGCUGGACCUUUCUGAUGGGUGUACUAGUAAUUCUUGUUGGCACUACCUUACUUAUCGUAAUGGCCAUCAAAUUCCCAGUCUGGUAUCGUUAUUUUAGGAGCUAUAAUCAUAGGCGUCUGGAAGAAGAUGAACCUGAGAUGUUUGAAGAAACUUUCACACCUCAUAUGUGCACAUUCCCACAAACACCAGCUUCCAAUGAAGACGAGUCUGUAGUAGUUUUUGAACAAUUUCACACAUUUGUUCCAGAAGAUGAUGGAUUUAUUGAAGACAAGUAUAUUGAUCCCUGA